UGUAAUUACAGGAACAAAUACAUAUCAUGUUCUUGCGGUUGUUUGUUGAUCUACCUCUCUUUUUAUCUCUCUUCUUCAACAAUUCAUGCUCCUUGCUUUAACUGUUCCUCCUACUUUUCCAUUAAAAUGAGCAUGACUCAGUUCGCCAUGGUGGAGGAGUUGGCUUUCCUUGUGAAGGACAAUCUUCCAUGUAAGCAUCUUGUACUUUCGAUGGAGGAGGCCUUGGUCAACUUCCUUCAGGAUGAUAACAGCACUGAUGGGGUCCUUGAGUUGGAACCAAUGAACUCCUACAGUCGUCUUCUCUUGCAUAGAUUGGCAGAUAUAUUUGGAUUUGCCCAUGAAUCUGUUGGUGAAGGAGAUGAUCGACACUUGAUUUUAGAGCGAUGCCCUGAGACUUCAAUACCAUCCAUUCUUGUUAGUGAUAUCUUGUGGCAGUAUGGAGAGCCUGAGCUCGUCACCACAUCUCACCAAUUAUUGAGGAGGAAAGAGGCUCCACCAGGUAUAGUUUUUCCUGCCCUUUAAUUAAAAGAAUUAUUUAUGCUAAUGCCAUUCCAUCCUAAAAAUGGAACUGAGCACUGUUGGGUACUUUUAACAAUAUCAACUAUAGUCAAUGAUAUUAGCAGUUUCUUUUUCCGUUGUAUUUUGCCUUCUUUUGUGAAUUACAGUGUAUGACAUAUGAUAUCUUUGUAUCUAUCCAAUAUUAUGUACCAAAAAAAUAUUUGAAUUGCUAAUUAUGUUCGAGAUGGAUGAUAGGAAAUAUGCCUUGUUGAGGUCCUGUACGAAGCAAAGGCUGUAUAGCUGGUUGCUAACGUCUCUGAAAGAUUAUUGUUAAACUUGAGCUAUAGCUGUCAAAGCAUCAUCAAGAAGCUUUCUAUGUGUUGAUGAAACACUGUUGGUUAAACUUGGGAUGGAGGUUUUAACUCUUGAAAACAUGGGAAUGUUUGGAUCUCCUGAAAAUUUCCGUUUCAGUUGUCUCAUACUAAAACAU